CAGAUGAGAAGGCCUCCCAAAGGACGCGGAAGCCGCUGGGAUGAGUCAGUCUGCGAGCGCCCUCCCUCUCUGGGGUGGGCUACCGGAUUCGAGGAUUCGUCGAGCCCCCGCCUCGUCUGCUGAAGCCCUGGAUGGGACGGCGGCGAGAAGUGGGACUGACUUGGCGCCGGCGGUCACCAAACUCAAUGUGGCAGAGUUGGAUUCCUAAGGAUGGAUGCACCACGCUCUCUGCCUGCCGUGCUGCUCCUGCUGUUGUGCUCAGGAGCAGCUGCCUUCCGGAUAUGUGCCUUCAAUGCUCAACGUUUUGCUCAAGGGAAGAUGAACAAACCUAGAGUCGUGGAGAUACUUGUCAAGAUCUUGGCUCGCUGUGAUAUCUCAGUCUUACAAGAAGUGAUGGAUGCAAAAGGAAAGGCAGUGCCUGCUUUGAUGAAUGCCUUGCACCAGUUUGAUGAUCUACACAGCUACAGUUACCUCACCAGCCCUUUGCUGGGGCGUGGAAAUUAUCAAGAACGAUAUGUAUUCAUAUACAGGAAUCAGAAGGCUCAGAUACUGGAUUACUAUACAUAUGAAGACCUGCAUCCAGACCGACCUGAUGUCUUUGCUCGUGAACCCUUUAUCGCCCGUUUCAGCAUGGCAAACAAAGAGCUUCCAGAGCUGGUGCUGAUCCCACAGCACACAAUGCCAUCCAAGGCAGAAGCUGAAAUUGAUGCUCUCUAUGACGUUUUCCUUAAUGUUCAGGAACGCUGGGCCACAGAGGACAUGAUUUUCUUGGGUGAUUUCAAUGCAGAUUGUGGAUAUGUGGCCAAGAAACGUUGGAAAGACAUCCGCCUGCGCCAGAAACCCGGCUUUCAUUGGCUGAUUGGAGACCAAGCUGACACCACCGUGCGAGAGAAGACCCACUGUGCCUAUGACAGAAUUGUGGUUCAUGGUGAAAGCUGCCUGGAUGCUGUAGUGCCUGGAUCAGCUCGACCAUUUGAUUUCCCCAAGGAAUUUGGACUUUCUGAGGAAGAGGCCUUAGAGAUCAGCGAUCAUUAUCCUGUAGAGGUGGAACUUGUCUCAUCCUGUAAGAAACUCCAGCCAGCUACUUUAGCUGGUCUUGUGUUGCUGACCAUAAUUGUGAUAUCAGACUCAAGAUGUGGCAUAUGAAGGAAGAAGAUGGCUGUUGUGCUAGUCCUAGAACGAUACAGGUGGAGGCUUACCAAAAGGGUACUUAUUACUCUCACAAGAGUACUUGAAUCAAUUAUGUUGAUUCAGCUUUCAUCUGUGGUGAGCCCCUGGUGUUGAGAAAGCCUGGGAAGGCUUCAUUAUAGAGACCCCUUGUCAGUCAACAGGAGUAAUGAUUUACCACCAGCUUAUCAAGUACUUAGGAGGCAAGGGCUUGACAGCACAAGGAAACAACAGGCAAUGGCUUAAUAGCUGGCCAUCAACACCCCAGUCAACAACUAAAAAGCCAUACGCAACCAGGCACUAUAUAAAUACCAGAGAACAGCCCAAAGCACACACUCUGCUAGAGAGAUAUUCCCCGAGGAUGGGCUCCAGCACGAGUCCAAAAUCUUGGAAGACUAACCCUCUGAUCCCGAUGACCGACUCAGUAGUUCUCCCCAAAGUAUCUACCUCUGGAGUGAUCCUUCUCAUCAAGAUUGGCAAAAGGACCCUUCAGGCAGUAAAAAUGUAUAAGGUUUUCUCAUCCAGUUGAGCAUUGCUUGGACAAAGACUUUUUCAGUUUGGGUAUCUACUCAUAUUCUUGAACACCCUUACAUGCUGACUUCUUGAUUCUCCUUCUUGAUUGUAUUUUGGCUCAACUACCUCAGAGAUCCUGAAUACUGGAUAGCUUCUGUCUCACUCUUGCCUUCCGUCAGAAACUCAACCUGGGUUCCAGGUUACAAAGAAGGCUUCCUUGGGCCAGACUCAUGAUCUAAGUUCAAAAAGGUGACAACAGGACCUUCCUCAAAGAGAUGUAUGUAUUGUAGCUUUGUCCUAUAGUCUAUUUUUUCUAUGUUCCGUCAUAGAGAAAAUGGACUAACUAUCCAUUAGUACAUGGAUUUUUAAAAAAAAAAUCUUUCCACUGAAGUUCAUGGGAUAAAAAUCUUUCAUGCCAGUUCUGAGGCUGCUGUGAAAAUAUAUUUCAGUGGGAGUAUGGUUUGGAUAAAUAAAAGAUGCAAUGAAAAUCAGCUUUUCUCUUGCACUGAUGCUUUCACCCAUAUUUUUGGAUAUUCUGACAGAAGAUCUAAUCUGGAGAAACAAUCAUGCUGGCAAAUGAUUUUGCUGUGAUGUUUUGCAAGUGAUAAACAUGGCAAUGACAUAUCUUGCAUUCUACCAAUAUACUGAGAUUUCUGCCUCUCUCCCUCAAAUGGACAAUCUCAAAUAUAGGAUGUCUAUCUGGUAUCUUAAUCAGACUAGCCAAAAUGACACAAAGGUAUGUGUGUAAUAUUUGAAAUUGCCCAUAACUCUUCAUUAUGUGAAAUGAAAACAAAUAAGUAGGAUGAAAAGACAUUAAGACUACUAGCUCAAAAAUUAAGCUGAAUACCAUAGAUAUGAGCUUUACAAUUUAACUCAGCCUGGAAGAGUGCGCCAAGCUUUCUGGAACAGUGAAAUAAGAGACAUAGAGACAAAA